UCCUUCUCGGCUGACUUGUUUGGCUGUGAGAGCGCAUAGCUCCUACGAACCAUAUAUUGUGUUGCACAUUUUUAAUGAGUGUGCUCUAUAUAGCAUAUUAAACAUACAGUCUUGUGGAUGGCUGCUGGACAUUUUCUGUUUUAUUUUCGUGCACAUUACGAAGAUUGGCAUUGCUAUUCAUUUUUAGGGGAACACUUCUGCUUAGUUUUGUACUUGUAAGAAAAAAAUAUUGUGACUUGGAAAAAUUCAAUCUCAUGAGUGAAUGAUCACAAGCUAAACGGAUGUUAAACGUUGAAACGUGAAUGGCGAUGAUAGAACUUGUUGCGGAAUCAAGCGGAUAACAAUGCACGCUAUGGACAUCUCAUAUCACAACAAGAAUUUAUGGCCAGUGCAUUCAUUAUACCCAUUGUUGUUCUAUAGAAUCUCAAAAACCCGGAACUGAAGACAAUAAUUAUUCCGAAACAAUCAAUAUUUAGAGGUGAUCACACAUAAAUAAGGUCAUAAACAUGGUGAAAAAAAUUUAAAGGGUUGUGUACAAGACGCGACCACGAUGACAUUAAAAAUGCGACCAUUUUUGUGAGCCAGCCAUAUUAUUCGUGGGUACAUCCUGUAAUGCCGACUUAUUUUGGACUACACACAAAAGAAUCCUUCUUCAGGAUGCGCCGAUCAUCGCAUGCUACCUGUCAAAGUAAUCAAGAACCUCUAAUCGUUGUAGAGGAAUCGGAAAAUUAUGAAAAGGAGGAGGAAAUCAGCCACACGUCAUCUCCGCGGCAUAGUUUGGAUAUAGAAUCUCCAGAAAACCCGUAUCUACUGUCACCAUGGCGAGAUCCUAGAGAAACACGUAAGCAUUCCUUACCAACACCGCCGUGCACUAGUGGCAUAACAGCCAGUCAAGUGCGUCGUCUUUCUGAGCGUGGAGGAGAAGGAUCAGGUCCGUCACCUCGUGAACAGGCAUUCUUGGCCACUCUGUAUAGCGCACCCGCCCCACAACCUGGUGGUCGAAGACAUUCCGUUGUAACAAUCAGCAAGGUCCCACCAACUAUUUUUGGCCGCAGCCGGAGAGAGUCAAUUGCAGCUCUUCCUGCAGGACACAGGUCCGCAGCAAGCUCCCGUCGUGACAGCAAAACUGGACCACCACCAUCGAUAGAUCACAGAGGUAGUAUACAUAAUUUACAAUUAGAUAUUAUGGAUGAUAUAGUGCAAGCUAGAAAAGCACGUAUGAAGCUAUGGAAUACGAGUAAUGAAAAAGUAUGUGAAGUUCAAACGCUGGAUGAAGCUGGUGCUGGUUCUAGUUCACCGAUGCGCUAUACGAAUAGACGCUACUCGGACUUUGUGGGUACGUCAUUGCCGCCUAUACAGUCAUUCAGACGUGCUUCCGAGAUGCCUAUUUCGCCGUCAACUCCACUAACACCAGCAACAGCGUCAUCGAUUUUGACUACAUCGCCAAAAACUACUCAAAAAAUGGGAAUAGUAUGUACAAAUACUGACUUAAUAUCUCUUCUGUCGUCCCUAGCUUCAUCGGCAACUGAAAUAAAUAGAUGUGGUGAUAAAGACUAUCCAACCCCUCAAACUCCUCAAUCAUCAUCAUUUAAAUCCAUCUUUAAACCCCCUCCAGAUCAACAAGCAACUGAGAGCAAUCUUAAAAAAAAUCGCUCCAACAGUUUUGAUGUUUCCUUGUAUCAUAAUAUAAAGCAAUUGGCAACCGGUUCGUCCUCGAGUCCGGUUGAUACAGAAAAAUCAUCGGUGGAACCAGGUUGGUUCACCAAAAGGCAUCAACCUAUGGCUCGUCGAAAAUCGAUGAAAUCCCCCGGAGCGACAGUUUCGUUCGCGAAAGAAGCAAUAGAUAAACUGCGUGACAAAUCUGACGCAAAAAGCGGUGAUGUGAACUCCAAAACAAAGCAAUCAAAAUCGCCGCUGAGCAAAUUGAAGUGGGAUGGAAGAAGCGCAAUAGUAGAUGCACGUAUGAUCGGCCACGCAAUCGAAAGUUUUAUAACAGGCUCAAGUUCAUCUAAAAAGUCAUCAUCCAGUUCCAAAGAUUCAUCAACAAAAUCUACAAAAAAACAGCCAUCUUCCAAUUGGUUUGGGAAGGCUGACGAUGAUGAUGCUAAUGAUACAUGUGAUUCUUCGCUCUGUUCUACGCUGAAAGAUCUUUUUGUGAAGUAAAAAAUCUUGCCUAGGCAGGGAUCAUACAAUAUAGGAUUUUAUUCCUAAAUACGCUUUGAAUGCCUCGUAGUGAAAAAUAUAAACGUACCCACCUGAGAAGUAGCCUUUAAGUACUAUUGCAUCAAAUAUGAGAGAUGAAAACUGUUGUACCUAUCAUCCAUUCCUGUGCUAGUUACUAUUUGUUGUUAGAAAUCGCACUAGGAAAACAAUAAAUCGAAUGGAUGUUCCAAUGUCAAACGAUUCCGGAAAACCUAAAAAUGACAAUUUUCGCAGGAUCAAAAGGCGUUAGUUAAACUUGGAACUCCGGAUAGUUAUUUAUUCUUCUACUUCGUGUCCCAGUCGAACUUUGUGUUUAAAUUGAUUGAAAACGGGUAUGAUAGCUGUAUCAUUACUCUAUGCAAUCUUACUUACAUGAACACACGCAUCUUAUCAUGCAGAGUACCAUCGACAUUUGUCAAUACCCUACACCCGAUCUACCUAAUUAUCAUUACCAUAUAGCACCUCAUCACUACCCUGAUUUAUAUUAUGAGUGCUAUUCUAGUGUACUGAACAAAUAUAUAAUCCGGACAUCAAAUCGGAUUUCUAUUAUCUAAGGAUAAGGAUAUUUUUCGUUGAAAAUGAGCAAAAAACAUCAAAUUUCAAAACAAAUAAUUGCCAUUUUUACUUGUCACCACCGGGACACCUGUCGCUGGCUCUCGGCGAUUCUUCAAAUGUUUCGUUAAAAACAAUUAGGAUUUUCGAUUGAUGCGCACCAGUGUAGUGGAGUGCACUGGUUUUGCACUUUUAAACAGAAGUGUCAAUGGAACAUACCCAGUUUUCAGCACUUCUGCUAGAAAGUGCAAAAAUGGUGCAAAGCCAGUGCACUCUACUACACCGGUGUCAAUCAAUCGAAAACCCCAAAUAUAUUUUUAAUGCACUCUAUAGCAAUUUAUUAGUCAGUGGAAAUUUGUUUGCUUGUUUUUUAUGUCCGUGACUUUAAAAAAAUUUCAUUCGUCACGUAAUUUUUACACUAACAUUUAAAUUGAUAUAGAGUUUUCAUAAUUUUCUCGAAUCGAAAGAUCGAGCGUUUUCGGAAUUUUGAGUCUCUCGCCAAUAAAUCGACAAACACAGGGUUUAAUUUCACUGAGUUUUAGAAGCGAGCUUCUUGUAGUCACGAUUUUAGUUUGCCUUUUUGAGGAUUAAGCACAUCAGGUUAUUUCAUUCAUUAUCCAUGCUUUAAGAUUUUUUAAUGAAUCUGAAACGAGCUUCCACUGAUAAACAGAUAAAUGACCCUGUUGUUUGAUGUGGUUUAUUCUUACCUCUUAGCCCCGCAAAUUCUCAUGGGCUCAAGUACCAAACAACCCCGUAAGAAUACCAUGAAUAUGUUCCGCGCCAAACACAACGAUCAAAACACCAUACAAUGGUCUCUAAAACCCAUAGAUUCACCAUAAUAUGGUUUUUAAAUGGGAUCUUCAAGACCAUCACCAUGGUCAUUUCAAACAUACGCUUCAUACACUGCUCUAAUCCAGAGAUGAUGCUUAGAGAGAUGUGCGAAGACUGAAGCCAAAAGUUCCAAUCGAACCCAAAACAACGGUUCCAAACGAACAAUGUAAACAAAUAUCACGGAUUUAGGAAGUAAAGCGUGGGGAGUAUUGAGAUUGAAAUAAAAAGAAAUGCACUGCAUCCUCGAUAUAUUUUCUUUAGUGCAAUGAACAACAUGUAGUAGACUGGUUCAAUUUUUGACUUUUAGCUCCACCAGACUCUAUUGAUUCCUUUUAUGGCCCUUAGUAAUUGUGCAAAUUUUGGUACCGAUCGGUUGUGUCUACGGACCAUCCAAAAAUUUCAAAGUUUAUAUGGAAAUUAGUAUGUAAAAUCAGUUAAAAUUGAAAAUAAAUUCUUAAAAAAUCACCUCAUCAAUCAAUUCAUGAGAACACUAUAUAUUUCAAAAGGUAUUCGUCUACUGAACACAUUCGUGGAACAUUUUAAGUUUGUGAAAAUUCCCUGAGAAAAAUUAUUAACUAAAGAUGCAGCAUGACUUCAAAACAAGUGGAUUUUGCCGUUUCAAAAAUUUCAGUUGAGAAAUUUUCCCAGAUUUGAAAUGCGAAUAUCUUCCGUUCUACUGGACGAAAUCGCAAUAUUUUUACACUAUCUGAUCGGAAAUUUGUGCACGUAUUUCGUAUUAAAUUUCGGAAUUACUGCGACUACUAUAAAUAAACCAAAACAAGGAUUUUCAGAAAAUCCUUCGAAAACAGCGAGGAAAAUGCGCAAUUUGCCAGCAUAUCCCACGCAGAGUCGUCAAAAAGGAGCAUGUAAGCGUUUCAUUACAUACGGGAAUGUUAUAUAUACAGGUCACGCGAGCUUGUUUUGUAUCAGUGGGUGCUCGCUUACCACACGAGCAACAUGCUCGUCCAAUGAGCGGUAUCAUGUUUGCGUUCCCGUACCAAGCGUCAUCGCAAGGUUCUUCGUGAUAAAAUCCAGGGAAUCACCAUAUCUGCCAUUCGGCGUCUGGCUCGUCGUGGUGGUGUAAAAUGCAUCUCCGAUUUAAUCUACGAAUGCUGAGGGUGUGCAGGAAAAUGUCACACGAGAUGCCGUGACCUACACUGAACACGCCACGCGCAAAACCGCAAUGAAUGUCGUCUAUACUCUGAAGCGGCAGGGACGCACUUUGUAUGGAUUUGGAAGUUGAAAAGGUAGAACUCACUUGUAUCAUUAUAAAAAAGGCCCUUUUCAGGGCCACCAGAAUCAUUUCAAAGAAUAAGUUUGCAUUUUCUGUUUCAUGGACUGUUUCUCCCUGGAGAGUUUGGGUUAAACCCUAAAUUAUGAUUUAUUUCAGUACGCAAAUUGCAAAUAUGGUCAGAAAGAAACUCAGGCGCAUUCAAAAAAGGUUUCAAUUCUCAAACAUUUUACCAAAGUGCCGUAUUACAUUACUCUCUUUACCCUGAGUGUUCUAUAAUCUCCGUAUUGGAAACACAAUUUCAAUUUUGUUCUUUAUCAAAAAUAUGUGGUCGACCAACGAAAGGGUGGAGCUACGAAGAACACAUAUUGAGGACAACACAAAAAAGGACGAGCUUACAUUGUGCUGCAGUCAGGUAUAAAAACUCAGCAUGCUGUUGCUCACGCUCAGUUCGUUUCCAGCCUCAGCAUGCAGCAGUUCGUUUGCAGCAUCUCCCGCAAAAUUCAAACAGCCGUCCGUUUGCUGCUGUUAGAAGAGUUGGCCAAGCACGCCGUCUUCCAUGGCACCAAAACUGUUACCAUAUACACCAGCUCCAAGUAAAUUUCGAACACUGCCCAAACAAAAGGCCCUUUUCAGGGCCAUCAAUUUAUCGACAAAGAAUGAAAUUGAAAUUUUGUUAUUACAAGCAUCAGAAAGUGGCUUGUCAAGAGCGUUGGAUGGUAAGUCAGCCACUUGUAAACAAUACCGUCGCUUUCACGUAGAAUGGCACAAAAUCAAAAGUUAUUUGUAGACAGGUUAGUGUAAUGAUUCAAUUUACAAAAAUCGAACGUUUUCUAACAUUUCGAUAUAGGUGUUUCGUUUCAAAAUUUUCGGCCAGAAUGCUGCCUGUUUUUUCAAACGUGAAAAUCGGCUGUUGUAUUGAAUGAAAACCUUCGAUUUUUGCGCUGAUUGGAAAUAGUUGUGACUAUUUCUGUAGAUUGUACAAUUACUGAAAAUAACGGAUUUUGUGAAAGCAGUGGUUGGUCCGUACAGUUCGAUUCCAAGCGAGCCACACUAGUUUUCGUUGGAAGGUCCACCUCUGACAAUAGAAGUAAACUAUUUUAUUUUGAAUUCAACUAACUUCCUUGAAAACAGCACAGUUAAAAAACUUUUGGGAAAAACGCGCAAACCUAAAUUUUCCACUAUAAUGGAAACUGCCUGUGCCUCGCCGCACAGCAUCAUCAAGAUUGAUAGUAAUUCAAGCCGGGAGGAAAGAGGUUGUAAGGCAAUGGAAAACGAAAAUUUCAAUUAUAUCUUACUGGAAUAUAAUUGGAUGAUCCUGAAAAGAACUUAUUGGUUUGUGGUUUAUUUUGAGGUCACAAUUAAGGCCUGCUCGAUUGCUGAUAGCUGUGAAUUUCUCGCAGGGCGACAGUUUCUGUUCAGUAGUGAUGAGGCUUCCUAACGCCAACCGUGACUGGGGCACUUUUACACGGCCUUCGUUGCUUACUGCUUGCGGGAAGGCUUUCCUCCGGUGGACUUACGAGCGGUAUGUUUGGUACGGGCCAUUUAUCCACAAAGAAUCGAAUUGAAAUUUUGUUAUUACAAGCAUCCGAAAGUAGCUUGCCAAGAGCGUUCGAUGGCAAGUGAGCUACUUGUGAACAAUAUCGUAGAUUUCACGUAGAAUGACACAAAAUAAAGUUAUCAUUUGUGUGUUUGUUUACAGUUUCGUGUUUACUAGGCGCAUUCAAAAAAGGUUUCAAUUCUCAAACAUUUUACCAAGGUGUCGUAUUACAUUACUCUUUUUACCCUGAGUGUUCGAUAACCUCCGUAUUGGAAACACAAUUUCAAAUAUGUGGUCGACCAACGAAAGGGUGGAGCUACGAAGAACACAUAUUGAGGACAACACAAAAAAGGACGAGCUUACAUUGUGCUGUAGUCAGGUAUAAAAACUCAGCAUGCUGUUGCUCACGCUCAGUUCGUUUCCAGCUUCAGCAUACAGCAGUUCGUUUGCAGCAUCUCUCGCAAAAUUCAAACCGCCGUCCGUUUGCUGCUGUUAGAAGAGUUGGCCAAGCACGCCGUCUUCCAUGGCACCAAAACUGUUACCAUAUACACCAGCUCCAAGUAAAUUUCGAACACUGCCCAAACAAAAGGCCCUUUUCAGGGCCAUCAAUUUAUCGACAACGAAUCGAAUUGAAGUUUUGUUAUAACAAGCAUCCGAAAGUGGCUUGCCAAGAGCGUUGGAUGGUAAGUGAGCCACUUGUGAACAAUACCGUCGCUUUCACGUGGAAUGGCACAAAAUCAAAAGUUAUUUGUGAUUUGUAGACAGGUUAGUGUAAUGAUUCAAUUUACAAAAAUCGAACGUUUUCCAACGUUUCGAUAUAGGUGCUCCGUUUCAAAAAUUUCGGCCAGAAUGUUGCCUGUUUUUCUAAAAGUGAAAAUCUGCUAUUGUACUGAAUGAAAACCUUCGAUUUUUGCGCUGAUUGGAAAUAGUUGUGACUAGUUGUGUAGAAUGUUCAAUUACUGAAAAUAACAGAUUUUGUGAAAGCAGUGGUUGGUCCAUACAAUUCGAUUCCAAGCGAGCCACACUAGUUUUCGUUGGAAGGUCCAUCUCUGACAAUAGAAAUAAACUAUUUUAUUUUGAAUUCAACUACAACUUCCUUGAAAACAGCACAGCUAAAAAACUUUUGGAAAAAACGCGCAAACCUAAAUUUUCCAUUAUAAUCAAAAUGAGUGCCCCCACCGCACAGCAUCAUCAAGAUUGAUAUUUAUUCAAGCCGGGAGGAAAGGGGGAGGGAGGUUGUAAGGCAAUGGAAAAUUUCAUGUAUAAUAAUAAUACUUUAUAAUUGGCUGGUUCUGAAAACAACUUGUUGGUUUGUGGUUCAUUUUGGGUCACAAUUUAGGCCCGCUCGAUUUCUGAUAGCUGUGAAUUUUUCGCAGGGCGACAGUUUCUGUUCGGUAGCGAUCAGGCUUCUUAACGCCAACCGUGACUGGGGCACUUUUACACGGCCUUCGUUGCCAACCAGCUCCCUGUCAAGGACGACAUCUCUGUACAGCCAGCAUCACUGCCAUGAAAGCAAAACAUUGAUUUUGAACCGAAUGAUUAGAAGCUGUAUUUAGUUACAAAAUGUCGAUUUUCUGAAUGAUAUGAUAUUAAAUCAUCCCACAAGAUGCAAAACGUCGUGUGGAAUGCUUGAAUAUCGAGCAUAGUGCCGAACAUAAUUCUUUGUUUGGGGCUUUAUAGCUAUAACGCCCCAUAUAUGUCGGUCGCUGUCAAACUCCAUAUGAUAGUAUAGGGUUGCCAGGGGGCUGUUGCCAACUGCUUGCGGGGAGCCUUUUCUCCAGUGGACUUACGAGCGGUCUGUUUGGUACAGGCCAUGUAGCGAAAAAUGCUGAUCUGCUACUUCUCUGAUGCUGGUAGUAGGACGACGGUUAAACGCUCGUUUGCGUGCCUUCAUUCAUAAAAGUUCAACAAUAUUUUCAAAGAAUGUUGCAAAUUGUCAACUUGAUAAUUCCAAAAAUACUUUAAAUAAACUAUGAAUGUGCAAAAGACGACAAAAUCGCAUAGAAAUUGCUUAUUCCAGAGCAGAAUUUACCGAUCUAAAGUGCAUUCUACUUCACUCCGGUUAUGUCUCUGACAUUACCCACCCAUCUUUUUUAUUAUUAAUCAUAGCAACCCUGUUUGAAUAGCUCCAUCGUUAUAUAAGUGUAAACUAGACUUACCACAGAGAAGAGAAGUACCACUUCGAACAAAAAAAUCACGAAAGUUCUCACAAAAGCGAAUCGGAUUUGUUGCUGGUUUUCCCUUCUUUGAUUUGAGAGUGCACCCGUAUGACGUUUCAACUAGUAUAAUUUUUGAGACUGGCUCGUAUAAAUCGUUGCAGGCGGUAAGGCCGAGCUUCGCUAAAGCGUACAGCAAAUAACAGAAAAGGUAUUAUUGCAUUUCGUAUCAUAGAUUUUACUUUUCUGAUUGAUAUUAUGCUUAUUGCUGUAUGUAAUCAUUGAACGUUCAUUUUCUAAAACGACAUUAUCUGUUAUUUUUGCGGGGCGUCCGGAGAAUCGUCCAGUUUCAACGGAAUGAUCUCUGAUUACCUGGUCCGACGGAAAUGCUUUUAUUAAUUUUGCACAUUGAAGAGUAACUCGUAAGGAACCUUUACCACCGACGAACCGACGUGCCACAUGGAACAAAAAAUGCGCCAGAUAUUGUCCUAAUUGUUUAAAUUGUAAUACGUUGUUACACUAGCGGCAUCUGCAUAAUGGUUCGCGUGGUAGUCUUCGUCGAUAACACAACAGUACGCAAACAACAAGGUGUGUCGACGUUGUACCAGGUAUGCUAGAACGAACAAACUUUCUUUUAGCAUGUUGAAGAUCGUUUUUGCAGCUUUUUGUUAUCCUAUGUAUGUACUAUUUAACAAAACUGUCCGUUACAAGCAAAAAAGUAACAGAAUACAUGCAUUUUUCAUGAGUUCUGAAUAUUAUUUUGAUGCAUAUUUCCACUACAUAUGCAGCUGAGGGAAUUGCAUUCUGUAAUAUCAAUAUACUUAUCGAGAAACCUGCCCAGAUUCAAACAUGGCGGAGCGAUCUGUCGCAGUUUGGCAGUAGUGAUCGCUUCAUUUCAAAACAAUCGUUAUUUUGUAUGGGACACUUUUCGAAUGCCUCGUCGGUUCGUCGGUGCCUUUAGUAAGCAGCACAUGAUUGUAGACCCCUUUUUCUAAGACUAACAGCAACGGAGCGUGGGUAAAAGCGAUUUGCUAACCGCCAUCAUAACACGACACCGCACCGGCGGUUCGUAAACAGGUUGGGAAAUGGAAACUUAUCGUUUCGGUUUAUAGCGAGUGCGUAUAUUUGCUAACUUCUUCCAACUGACGCCAACGUUGCUAUUCGUAGAAAGGAAGCAAAGCAAAGGAAAAUGUAAAAAUAGGGUCUCGCGAUGAUUGAAUUAAAUAAAACUUAUUUAAAGUUUACUGAAAUUACAACAGAAUUAUUGAAAUUAAAAGUUUAUUGUUGUUUUAAUGAAAAUAAAUUUCAAACCAUGAUUCACAACAAUUAUUUUGUCGUUUGAUGCAAUGAACAGUAUUUGUUUGAAUUCAAUAACACAUAUUUAUGAUCAUGCUGUAUGUUUACUGCGUGAAAGUAAAAAUGAGUGCAUCGAAGCAACUUGGAUUGAACUGGAAGAUGUAGCAUUAUGUCAAGCUGUCAUGAUGUGUACCAGGAUCAGAUUGGGUCAAAUAAAAAAAAACCAAAAAUCUGCAUGGACUGUAUGAGGAAACGCUGCGAACAAAUGGAACUGUGGAAAGUAAGAUUCAAAAAGAAAGACAAUGCGUGAAUUUUUCUUGUGCAAAAGUCUUUCAUUCAUGUCUAGUAGUAAGUGGAAGAUAACGACGAUAAUGGUUUGCCACACACUCUGCAGCGCUUGGCUCAGAAAAGAAUUCCUAAAAAGAACUUGGACGGACACAGAUUACACCUGUUACAUCACCACCAUCCAGUUUCAGGCGGUGGUUCAUCAUAUUUUCGGGGGAUAAUAUGGUGUUGUGGUGUAUAGUGAAAUGUAUGAACGUGAAUGCACUUCCCUAAUAAUGUGUUGACUAAAAGCCAUUGUUUUCACUGUUCCAAAACAGUAGUUUAACAAUAAUUUAUACUACAGUCUAAUAUGACAUUACAAUACAAAAUCAAUAAAUUUUAACCUUUCUCCAUAAAAUUUCAAAAUUCACUCAUUUUGUGAAAAAGGAGAUGGCGGGGUUAGACGGGGUUGGACGGUCGUACUUAACAUUAUAAAAAUUAAUAUUUUUAAUGCAUUCAAACAUUUCUUAUAUUGCUCAUAGAAACAGUUACACGAAAUGUUAAUUAACUAUAUAAUUUAUUGUUGGACAAUAAAAUUGAUUGUUGCAAGAAAUUUUAUUACAAAUUUGCUAGAAGAAUUCCACGUUGAGCAAUGUAGAAAUAUUCUAUGAUUCAAGGAUAAUUACUUUUGUUAAUUCGUUUCAAUAGUUUUUGACUUACUUUGAGAAUUUUAUCCAAACUAUUGAUACAUGGAUGUGGAUUUGACGACCAAUUUGGUAUGCAGCAAACGUCACGUUCAAAAAUGUUCGAACGUUCGACUGUUUAAUCUACCUAUGAUUAUGACCUGUGUCAGGCCAUGGUAAACGCCGGAGGAUCCUUUGGCUCGGUCCAAAUUCAAAAGAGCACAUCUGAACAUUACAUUACAUUACGCUACCUACUGUCGCUUCAGCUCAUCGCAUCGUAAAAAGUGAUGCAUUUAACAGACGAAGCUCUAAUAGCAUUUCAAAUUGUUUGAGUUAAAAGUGUUCACCAUAUUAAACUCUGGUUAGGAAUUUUGCACUACCCCGCAGGACCAUUGUUUGAUGCAAGAUUGCGUGUUGUCAUUUGCCAUACUGAUGAAUUGGAACCAAAUUUAUAAUUUUAAACAGUAAGUGAUAAUUUGAUUCCAUUUUUGGAAUUACCGUAUCGAUGACAAAAUGUUGGAUUAAAUUGAUACACUGUAUCAAUUUGCCACAAAUUUGUGUUACCAAUUUGUUUAUUUCUUGAAGUAGAUGUAGUUGUAGUUAGUAUUCCAUCUCCAGUGAUACAACCGAUUCUAAUUGGAAAUGAUUGUGUUAUUGGCGCCGGAAUAUUACAAGUUAAGGCUCAAGUUACCUCAAGGCUUGGUAGUAUGCGUAAGAAAAAUUGUGUUCAGCUUUGCCACCAGAUUAUCCAUUUAAACCUUUUCAAAACUCUAAAAGAAGAAUAUCAGUCGAUUUAUUAGAUCAUCACGAUUCAAUUCAUGCAAAAUACCUGCUGGAAAAACCAUCGGCUUAGCUGGAUGGUGCUUUUGAAAAAGUGGCUGUGAUUUUUUAUCACACUACCACACCGAGCUGGGGUACGCAACACAACUGCGCAAUGAAAAAACCACUGCCACUUUUUCAAAAGCACCAUCCAGCUAAGCUGAUGGUUUAUCCAGCAGGUAUUUUGCAUGAAUUGAAUCGUGAUGAUCUAAUAAAUCGACUGAUAUUCUUCUUUUAGAGUUUUAAAAAGGUUUAAAUGGAUAAUCCGGUGGCAAAGCUGAACACAAAUUUUCCUACGCACACUACUAAGCGUUCAAUUCUAACACAUGCUUAAAAAAGGUAACUUGAACCUUAAGCUCAGCCGGAAUGUUGGCUGGUUCUAAUUCGCAUUCCGGCUUCAGUGACACAUUCUAGUAAUGUUUCCAUUUCGAGUGGGUACAGUCCAGCGUACCAAGUAUUCCUGAAUAAGCCACUAUUCUGUGAUUCACAAACGCCUUUGAACAUUCUUAAAACGCAGAUAUAUUUACCCAACUAUACUCUCUGCAAUAUUACCACAGAUGACGGACAUUUGGGCUAAAAAUUUAUGUAAAAAUCUGUCUAAACAUCUAUUAUCUGGGGUAUAGCAGGAUUCUCACAUAGAUUGAGGCGCAAAUUUUCUCCCAUCCGAAUAUAUUUGACUGUAGCGUCCGAAGGACGUAUGUAAGGUGGCUUUCGCAUAAUUCAGUAAAACCCAGCUUUCUCUGGCUUUUCAAUAUAGUAUUAUCUCCUCUUCAAAGGCUUCGAAAUACAAAAAACGAAAGUCUUCGAAACCGAUCGUUCGUUAAAACUGGUUCCGCAAAACAAUCGUUGAAUGACCGAAAAGUUUUUCCACCGCAAGUCUGUUCAUAAUAUCUAGGAUGAGAUUUUCUUCAUUGUACUCCUGAUUCGGAACCGUCGUGGUAUGUGCUUCAGACAAUAACUGCCAGGCAAACAUUAGUUCAUAGAAUUCUAUGAAUUCUCAUAAUUAUUAUUACAACCGCACUCUCCAAUCCGUAACUCUGAAACUGAAAGUCGGAUGAAUUAAAGAUUCAAUAGCAGCUUAUGGGAGCGCUAUACCUUUCAUUUCAAACUAAGUUUGUGUAAAUUGGUUCAGCCAUUUCUGAGAAAGUUGUGUAAGUUUAAAUGACACACAUACACUUCUGGUAUGCAGGGUCAAUGAAGAGAAUGUGAGUGUGAGGGUGGUCCGAGGGGGGUGAUGAAGGGGUGAGGUGCAAUUGUAAGGGGGAGAGGGGCGAACGAUGCAACACCCAGCUGCAUAUUAUACCAUCCAUUUGAGACAUAGUUUGAGAAAAUCGGUUUCGUCAUCACCUAAGAAUAGAUGUGACUUAAAUUGUGGAAUACACCCGGAUACCGGGAUUUCCGAAAUUGUCGAUAGUGGACAAUAUAUUCAAAGAAUGUUUGAUUUCCAUUCAGUGAUCUAGACCUGCGAAUGGAUGUAAUUUGGUGACGAUUUCAAUAGUUUUUGGUCUCAGAGGUAUUACGAUUGUAACGGUUUAUAUAGGAAAUUCCAGUGUAAUCUUACCAACUAACCUAAAACUUCGGAACCAAAAGUCAGAGCCGAAUGAAAUUGAAUAGCAGUUAAUGGGAUUACUGUAUUUUAAAUUUGAAAUCAAGUUUGUAAAAAUCGAUCAAGAAUUCGCUGGGAAAUAGGUGUGAUACUAGUUUAGGAACUGGGGUGGGCGCAGCGUAGUUGGUAAAUCGAUUGCCUUGUACGCAGCGCACCUGGGUUCGAGUCCCGACCCCGCACAUAGGGUUGGAAAUUUUUCAUAAGAGAUUUUUCUAACCCGAAGAGGCGAAUGACCUUAAGGUUAAAACCUCUAUAAUCGAAAUAAAAAAAAUAGUUUAGGAACUUGGCGAGUUCCCUGGGGGCCCCAAGAUCCGUCAUAGGUGGCCAAUGUGGUCGAAGCUGCUUUGAAUGAUUAUUAGUGAUCUAGACCAGCAAAUUCAAGUAAUGUUGGACCCAUUUUAAUACGUAUUACACCAUUUGUACAUCAAAGUGAUACCAGUUUAUAUGGGAAUUUGCUGUGUGACCGCACUCUUCAAUCCGUCACUCCGGAAUCGGAAGUCGGAUCAACUAAAAAUUCAAUAGCAGCUUAUCGGAGCGUUAUACCUUUCAUUUGAAAUUAAGUUUGUGAAAAUCGGUUCGGUCAUCUCUGACAAAAUUGUGUGAGUUUAAAUGACACACACAGACAUUUGCCGAUCUCGACGAACUGAAUCGAAUGAUAUAUGACACUCGGCCCUCCGGGCCUCGGUUAAAAAGUCGAUUUUUACAGCCUUUCUUUAUAUGAGAAAGGCAAAAAUGUCUUAUUGAAUUCAAUUAUACAAUGUUUAUUGCUUCAAUCGACAAAAUUAAUGCUACGAACAUUUUUUGCAUUCAAACAAUAAUUAACUUUUAAUCUCAAUAAACAUUUCCAGUUUGAAUAAUUUGGCAAUCAUUUCAAUAAAAUAAUUUUUGGAAAAGAGAAUGUAUUUUCUUUCUAGCUAUAAUUUUUUCACUGAAUUAAAUUCAUAUAAUUAAAAAAAAUUUAAAAAAAUACUUUAUUGCAUGAUUGCAAAAAAAUGUAACGUAACUAUAAUAACAACUACCGGUGUGAAAACAGAUUAUUAUAUUGGCAACCUAUUUACCAACGACCGGUGCGAAAACGGGUGUCUAAAUAUAUUAUUAUCGUUUAGCGUAAUCAAAAUACACACGCAUUUGCUUACGCACUGGUGCUGAUAGUCUAAGUAGUGGAACGUGAUCUUCCGCAUGGGUGGUGGAUUUUUCCAUUUGUCAUAAAUAUUACUUAUGAUAAUUAAGCUGAAGAAGUAAUUUUUUUUCUGAAUUUAAAUUCAAUGCAUCGAAAGCUAAUGUGAGUACUUAAGGUAACAAGAGCACUUAGCACAUAUUAGGGAAUCCAAUGGAAAAUUUUGUCGUGAUUCAAUUUUGUAAAAAAAAAUAUUUGUAAUUUUGCGAACAAAAAAAUAAAAAAAGAUCGAUAAAACGUCAGCUGCAUCGGAAAAAAUCGAAAACAGCAUAUGGCUUAAUGACCCAAUUAACGUAUAGGGGAGAGUGAGGACACUUGAUCCUUGGGGAUAUUUGAUUCCCUGGCCAUAUCUCAUGAUCUAUACAUUAAAAGUUACCACAAUAUAAAAAGAAAAUGAAAUAUUUGAUCGCUUAUGAUGUUUCAAAAACAAAUCUAAUGUAUAACAUUUGGUUUGGAAAAAUUGUACAAUAUUUUAGAAAAUAUGUGUUGAUAUUCAUCUCGAAGAUCUUUUUACAAAUUUUUUAAGCGGUUGUAUCAGAUCGGCUACCUAAUUGUAUAUGAAUAUUUUCAGGUACGAUUACUUUCUUAAGGGCUUUCGUCUAGAAAAAAAAACAUUUUUAGAAUAAAAAGUUUCACAACACAUACAAAAAAAUAAAUUUUGUUCACCUUAUGCAAUAGGUAUCUUUGAUCCCUGCAACACUGCAGUGUAUAGAAAUAGAAAAACAUCAUUUUCAUAAAGUGCCUAGCACUAAUAAUUAAUCUAAAAUGUUUUUUCCGUGAGCAAAUUACGGUAUGGGGUACUGAAAGUUGGAAAAUCCAGUUAAACAGCACUGAUUUACCGCAAAUACUUGUCGUGACUUUCUACUGUGAUUAAAAUUUGUUGUGCAUCUAAAAAGGUAGUUUAAUUAAUUAAUUUGUCAGGACAGAUGAUUGGCUGAAUAUUAGUGGGUAUUAGUCAUAGUGUGCUUUGUUUCUUUAGCCCUAGUAGGCAGGGGAUCAAGUUACCACAGAAAAAGUCAAAACGAGGUUUUUACAAAAACCUCGUUUUGACAUGAUUUCCAAAAUUGUUCAUAUUACGGACAGUGCAUAGUAUUCGGAUUUACAUAUUAUUCAUAGCUCUUACAAUUCAAAUUGACUACAAAAUGGCGAAUUUUGCAAUUUAAAUUUUUAUUUCAUUGAAAAGUUAUGAGAAAAAAACAUAAGCGGGAUCAAGUGUACCCACUCUCCCCUACAAUCUCGCCAUUGUCGGUCUUAACAGCAUUUGAGUUGUUUUCUCUAACAGUCCUUUUUUUAAAUUUAUUUUAGAAAAAUUCUUUAACUUGGCUGCUGAGUAACUGUUUAAUAAUUGGUUCUCGGUACGCAGAUCUGAAAAGUGUGUAGCAGCGAUGCCUCAAAUACAGAUUUAUCUAGAAAGGUACAGAUUUUUCGAGUAUUUUUGGUACAGAUUCUGUACGAUACGGAUAAGGGGCCAUACACUAAUUACGUAAGGGAAUAUGAUGGGAGGGGGAGUUUCAAAACAUCUUCCGAAUUCUUAUCUAAGGGGGAGGGAGGGUUUGUCCUUUCUUACGUAAUAUCAUAAAACAAGUAUGAAAAAUGAAAUCAAUAUGGAAAAUAUUAUUUUCAUAAGAAAAGGGUACUAUUUCUUAUUUCUGCCAUGAACACGUAUAUUACACAAAACGAGCAUAUAUUGUACAUCAUGGCCAAGGAAGGGCGGACCUCGAAUUAAAGUAUUUUCCGGCAGGAUAUGAUUCCUAAAUUAGUUAUGGAAUAUUAUUGAUUGCUGGCAGCGUGAGGAGCGACUUAAUUGUCGAUGGUGUUGGAGCAGUUACAACAAUUUCUUGACUCUUGAUGGUACAUUGUUCUGUUCAGGAACUCAAGUCACCAUAUACCUUACAAGUUAGGAAGUGUUGAUACCGUGUUGUUAGGCUAACAUCCUCUUUCAAAUUUUCGCUUCCGCAAAGUAGCCGCAAAAUGUUCUGUCAUGCGAUUCUCAAAGAUCUUGUAGACCGAAUAUUUGCAGAGUGUGAACUAUAUUUGACUUCAAGAAAAUUCGUAGAUAGCCAUCUACGAAUUUUCUUCGGAGCUACGCGUACGAUAAGCGUCACAGUUGGAACUCAGAAUUAAUUCCCACCAGAAGAGAUUUUACAUCACAAGGAACUAUUUUGUUUAUUUUGUUUAUUUGUUGUACCGUCACCAACAGACCCCUUGGCCCCAAUGGUGGUUACUUAAACUAAUUACAUUUCAGAAUACGAAUAAUUUUAGUUUUUAUCGAAUUCCUUGUCAGGUUGAAGUCAAACGCCGUCGCCACACUGUUAAACACACGCUGGAGUCCGGUAACAGCGCCCUGGCGCCCAUAGUUAGUUCUCCUGAAUGGGACUCGCAGAAGAGAGUUAUUGCGCAGAGCUCGAACGCGAGCUUGAAGAUCGAGGCGUCCGAGGAUUGUAGGGCAAUCCACCCUGGCAGACAGUAAGUCCGAGACGAACAGGGCUCGAGAGCAGUCCCUCCGGAUGCUU